AUGUCCCCAUACCGCCUUAUUUUUGGAAAAGCCUGCCACCUCCCAGUGGAGCUGCAACACAAUGCAUAUUGGGCCAUCAAACGGCUUAAUUUUGAUCCCCACGAGGCGGGUUCUCAGAGGAAACUCCAGCUUGAUGAGUUGGAGGAAAUUCGGAAUGAUGCGUACGAUUGUGCGAAGCUCUACAAGGAAAAAAUGAAGAAGAUUCAUGAUCAACAAAUUUUGAGAAAAUCCUUUGAAAUUGGUCAAAAGGUUCUUCUCUAUAAUUCUCGUUUGCAUCUUUUCCCGGGAAAACUCAAAUCUCGAUGGACCGGACCGUUUAUCGUUCGUACUAUUUCGACCCACAGAGCUAUCGAGAUUGAGGAUCCCAAGAACGGCAAUACAUUCAAAGUAAAUGGCCAAAGGUUGAAACCGUUCUUGGAAUUGAAAAAUCCAGAAGUAGAGGAAAUGCUACUGGACGACCCCGUCUAUCACGACUGA